GUGAAAUGGCACAGAAAGGAGAUCGGCUGUACCGAGAAACAAUCAGCUGUUCAAUCUGUCUGGAUCUACUGACGGAUCCGGUGACUAUUCCCUGUGGACACAGCUACUGCAUGAGCUGUAUUAAAGAGUUCUGGGAUGGAAAGAGAAGGAUCUACAGCUGCCCUCAGUGCAGAAAGACCUUCAAACCGAGGCCUGCCCUGGUGAAAAGCACCAUAUUAGCAGCUUUAGUGGAACAGCUGAAGAAGAAGACUGGACCCAAAGCUUCUCGUAAACUCCAGGAGAACAUCUGCUCUCGUCAUGAUGAGGUGAUGAAGAUGUUCUGCCGUACUGAUCAGCAGAGUAUCUGUUAUCUCUGCUCUGUGGAUGAACAUAAAGGCCAUGACACAGUCUCAGCUGCAGCAGAAAGGACUGAGAGGCAGAGAGAGAUCGAAGUGAGUCUGCGACAAAUCCAGCAGAGAAUCCAGGACAGAGAGAAAGAUGUGAAGCUGCUUCAACAGGAAGUGGAGGCCUUCAAUCGCUCUGCUGAUAAAGCAGUGGAGGACAGUGGGGAAAUCUUCACUGAACUGAUCCAUCUCAUCAGGAAAAGAAGCUCUGAUGUGAAGCAGCAGAUCAGAUCCCAGCAGCAAACUGAAGUGAGUCCAGUCAAAGAGCUUCAGGAGAAGCUGGAGCAGGAGAUCACUGAGCUGAAGAGGAAAGACGCUGAACUGAAGCAGCUCUCACAUACAGAGGAUCACAUCCAGUUUCUACACAACUACCCCUCACUGUCACAACUCAGUGCAUCUAAAGACUCAUCCAGCAUCAACAUCUGUCCUCUGCGCUACUUUGAGGAUGUGACAGCAGCUGUGUCAGAGCUCAGAGAUAAACUUCAGGACAUCCUGAAGCAGAAAUGGACAAACAUCUCACUGACAGUGACUGAAGUGGAGGUUUUACUGUCAGAACCAGAACCCAAGACCAGAGCUGAAUUCUUAAAAUAUUCAUGUGAAAUUACUCUGGAUCCAAACACAGUAAACACAUGGCUGUUACUAUCUGAGGGGAACAGAAAAACAGAACAAACGAGACAAAAACAGUCUUAUUCUAAUCAUCCGGACAGAUUCACUGAUUGGCGUCAGGUCCUUAGUGGGGAGAGUCUGACUGGACGCUGUUACUGGGAGGUGGAGAGGAGAGGGAGAGGAGUUUGUGUAGCAGUCGCAUACAAAAAUAUCAGCAGAGCAGGAGGAUCAAUUCAUUGUGGAUUUGGAUUCAGUUACAAAUCUUGGGCUUUAUAUUGUGACACCAACUGUUAUGAAUUUUGGUUCAACAAUAUCUCAACUCGUGUCUCAGGUCCUGGUUCCUCCAGAGUGGGAGUGUACCUGGAUCACAGAGCAGGUAUUCUGUCCUUCUACAGCGUCUCUGAAACCAUGACUCUCCUCCACAGAGUCCAGACCACAUUCACUCAGCCUCUCUAUGCUGGACUUUGUCCUUAUUAUGGAGACACAGCUGAGUUCUGUAAACUCAAAUAGACAGAAGUCAUGUCAGACUUCUGUGUUGUAAUUCGUUCCUGUGAUGGUGUUUCUGAACUGCACAGAGAUCAGUUGUCAGUCAAACUGGGAUUAUUAACACUUUUUUUUUCUUUUCAAUUAUUGUUCUGUU